CCCAAUCGCAGCGCCAUCACACUUGAGGGCAAAGAGGUUAGGAAGCCGGCAUGGCGCUCCGGUCAAUAAAAUCGAUAGCUGGAAGCUGCCUGUGUUUCAGGCAAAGGCGGUGCAGUAGCGGCGCCGCCAUUUUCCCCGAAGGCAUCUUCCGGUGCCUUUCACCCAAGUUCGGGCAGGAGUUUCCUGAAUAACAGCGAAAGGUUUCCGUUAGCCCCGCAGGCGGCCGAUUCCGGUUCCCUCCGGGCCUCCCUGGGCACGCUCCGCCCGGGUCCGGCGGGGGCUCCCAAACCUCGGGGCCAGCCAGCUCCCAGGGGCCGAGGCCGGGACGGGGACGGUCGUGGCGCCGGCUUCUCGGGCCCAAUGGCGCGGCCUUCCGCUCCGCUCCCCGCGCGGGGAGCGGGAGAGGCCGGACCCGGCCGGAGAAGGGGAAGGAGGCCAAGGGCGGUGAAGUUCGCGGACGUGGCCGUGUACUUCUCCCCGGAGGAGUGGGGGUGUCUGCGGCCCGCGCAGAGGGCCCUGUACCGGGACGUGAUGCGGGAGACCUACGGCCACCUGGGCUCGCUCGGGUGCGCAGGUCCCAAACCAUCCCUCAUCUCCUGGUUGGAACGAAAUACCGAUGAUUGGGAACCGGCUGCCCUGGAUCCACAGGAGUGCCCAAGGGGGGUAACAGUCCAGAGAAAAACCAGAACCAGAAAGAAGAACGAAGACAAGGAAGUCUUCCCACCUAGGGAGGCACCCCGAAAGGGGAAGCGAGGGCGCCGGCCCAGCAAACCCCGCCUGAUCCCCAGGCAGACCUCCGGAGGGCCCAUCUGCCCUGACUGCGGCUGUACCUUUCCCGACCACCCGGCCCUGCAGAGCCACAAGUGUGCGCAGAACCUGAAAAAGCCUUACCCUUGUCCAGACUGCGGGCGCCGCUUUUCCUACCCGUCCCUGCUGGUCAGUCACCGGCGGGCGCACUCUGGGGAGUGUCCCUAUGUCUGCGACCAGUGUGGCAAGCGCUUCUCCCAGCGCAAGAACCUCUCCCAGCACCAGGUGAUCCACACCGGCGAGAAGCCCUACCACUGCCCUGACUGUGGCCGCUGCUUCCGGAGGAGCCGGUCCCUGGCCAAUCACCGGACCACGCACACGGGUGAAAAACCGCACCAGUGCCCGAGCUGCGGGCGGCGCUUCGCCUACCCCUCCCUGCUGGCCAUUCACCAGCGCACGCACACGGGCGAGAAGCCCUACACCUGCCUGGAGUGCAGCCGGCGCUUCCGCCAGCGCACGGCGCUCGUCAUCCACCAGCGCAUCCACACCGGCGAGAAGCCCUACCCGUGCCCGGACUGCGAGCGCCGUUUCUCCUCGUCCUCCCGCCUGGUCAGUCACCGGCGGGUGCACUCCGGGGAGCGGCCCUACGCCUGCGAGCACUGCGAGGCCCGCUUCUCGCAGCGCAGCACGCUGCUCCAGCACCAGCUGCUGCACACGGGCGAGAAGCCCUACCCGUGCCCGGACUGCGGCCGCGCCUUCCGGCGGAGCGGCUCCCUGGCCAUACACCGCAGCACGCACACCGAGGAGAAGCUGCACGCGUGCGGCGACUGCGGCCGCCGCUUCGCCUACCCGUCGCUGCUGGCCAGUCACCGGCGCGUGCACUCGGGCGAGCGGCCCUACGCCUGCGACCUGUGCUCCAAGCGCUUCGCCCAGUGGAGCCACCUGGCCCAGCACCAGCUCCUGCACACCGGGGAGAAGCCUUUCCCCUGCCUCGAGUGCGGCCGGUGCUUCCGCCAGAGAUGGUCCCUGGCCGUCCACAAGUGCAGCCCCAGGGUCCAGAACUGCAGCCCGAGAUCUGCUCUCGGGGGGCCGAACCAGAAGGGCGAUGCCCUUUAGAGUGGGAAGCGCGUUUCAUGGCGGGGCGCAGAAAGGGGAAGGGGCCCCCAGCCACACAGGGCAGGGCUGGAGCUCAGCCCCAGCGCUCCUGCUACCCAGAGCUGAACUUGAGCGGAUUCUGCCGUGCUGGCUGCCUUAAUACGUGUGUCUGGGACAGACGGCCCCAGGAGGUGAGGUGACCUCGUUUGGUUAGUUUUCUAAGCUACCCUCAUCCGAAAAGGAUUUCUGUGUGUGGAUGUCAGGCUGAAAGUUCUCCCCACCUAAUUCAUACAGCCCGCAUCUGUCCCCUUGCCUCGCGUGAGGUCAGGAGGGUGCUGUGGAUGGGGAGCAGGAUCUUCCCCUCUGCCCUGUCCUCCCUUCCAGGUUUAAACAGACCUGGUUUAGCCCCCUUUUUACAAUGUUCCUGCCAAGUGGUCUUCUCCCCUUGACAGGGAGCUCACUACCUCACAAGGCAGGUCAUUGCACUGAGGGAUAGCUCUGAUCCUUAGAGGAACCUUCAGUACCACCGUCUCCUUCCCAGGAAGCCUGGCCCGGAAGGUUUCAAACGUGAUCUACACGGCCGGCUCUCAGAAAACUUAAUCACAACUCGCCACCACGCUGUCAGGUUGAAUAGCACUGAGUAGGUCAAUUAUUCCUUAAAGACAGGGUUUCAGUCACCACACAUGAUCUCUUCCCAAAACGGCACUGGUUUUUCAAUGUCCCUUCUCAAGGGUCAUACAAGAUAAGCCAGCAUCAGGGUACACCACCCGUGUUCUUGGUCUGUACUUGUUUUAACAGCUCUAGAUCACUUUGGAUCUGCGGGUGGUGGCAGUGUGCCAGGGGUUUAUUGUCGCAGACAUCUAAGUACCUAAGCCUUUUCUUUUUCUUCUGCACCCUGUGUUUGGGAAGUUGGUUUAAGAUGCCUCUGGGACAUGAGUGCAGUGAGCUUGGGGAAAAGGUUGAUUUUAAGGCAAAGCAGGGGCCUAGCAGCAAGAAGUAAAACCAGGACCAGCCUGUCCUCUUAUCUAGUGGAUUUGGAUUAGCUCCAGGCAGCCAGUGGCUGGAAAACUCUUGAGAACUGGGUCUCACGCCCCCGAUUCUCAUCAGCAUAAGGAGACACGAGCCCAGAACUGUCUAUGAGCCCUCUGUCAACACUGUUCAUGAAAUGAGGUGAGGCCAUUAUUUGAGGUCAGAAAGCUAGGGAACUGUGUAUAAAGCAGGAAGCGACUACAGGCAUCAGGUUAUGCUCAUGCCCAACCUCUUGCAUAAGUUCCAGAUGGUGGCAGCAGCAAUGUUUUAAUCUCUCACAUGCCUCCGUGGCCCCCAUCCCCGAGUAGGUGUUCUGUAACGCUUUACUGAAUUAACAAGGCCUGCCACUUCGCCUUGGGCACCUGCACCAAAUUGGAGUUUCCAAACAUGACUUAGAUCCCAACAGCUGGUGUGGCUCAUCCUCCUACCCCUGCUGCUGCUUCCUGCAGCUCUCCUGACAUCAGCCCGAGGGGGUGUCCCUGGGAACAGCGUUGGAAACCUCUGUUCUGUAUUUAACAAGUGGCAUCAAAGCCGUCUGUUUCUCCUUGGACUGAUGGGUUACCCCAAAGCAGCGGUCAUCCCAGACUGAAUUUCAUUAAAAUGUCUGAUGAAUGGCUUAUGUUCCUUGUGGAAUUACUGCAUAAAAUAUAAAUCUAGUUCCUUGA